AUGUCAUAUAUUUUAGGAACUAAUUUAGUGCCGAAUGAACAAGUAGAAAUUGCUUUAACUCGAAUCUUUGGACUUGGCCCUAAAAAAGCAAUUCAAGUUUGUGAUCAAUUAGGUCUCAAUGAUAACAUUAAAGUUAAUAAGUUAACUAAGUAUCAAAUUGACCGAAUUAUCAAAAUAAUAAGUCAAAAUUAUUUAGUUGAUUUAGAAUUAGCGAGAGUAAUUCAGAGGGAUAUUAAACAAUUGAUGAGUAUUGGUUGUUAUCGCGGUUUUCGCCAUAAUGCGGGAUUGCCCUUACGUGGUCAACGAACUCAUACUAAUGCUAAGACUUGUCGCAAAGUCAGAAACGUUUCGAUCAAUCAACGAAGUUGA